AUGGAGGAUCUGCUGAGCAACGACUACGACAACCGCCACCGGGCAUUUUUGCAAGCUCUCCUGGCACGGGGCACGGUGACGUUUGAAGAGUCGCAGACCAUCCUCGCCGCCAUCUUCAACGCCGCGACCGGCGGGGACGGCAAUGUACGCCCCGACCAGGUAAGCGAGGAGGACUUUCUGGCGUACAUCGAGGCGGCCUCGGAUGCGGCCUCUCUAUUCGACUAUGAGAUCCGCAGCACGGUGCAUCAACUCACCAAGCAACGCAUCUACGCGCUCGUAAACACGACGUCGGACCCCCAGACCCAGCUGGCUACGACCUUUAGCCCCGAGGAGCUGGCCUUCAUCAAGCGAGCCCUGGACGGCAUGUUUGACAAGUUCAACAGGCCCCGCAUGGAGGUGCUCGCCAUGACCGAGAUGCAGGCAAUCAAGUUUGCCAGGCCGAACCGGAGGCAGAGUCAGGGAGACGCAGCCGAAGCGUCGCAAGUGUCGAGCGACAAGGGCCUGAAGCACAGCGAGGUGGAAACCAUCCUCGCCAACCUCGUCGACGGAGGAUGGUUCGAGAAGAGCAAGAGCGGCUUUUAUUCCGUCACCCCGCGAGCCCUGCUGGAGCUGCGGCCGUGGCUGAUGAACAUGUACAACGACCCGGACGCCGGGCCCGACGAGUGGCAGCGCAUCAAGUUCUGCGAGGCCUGCAAGGAUAUUGUUACGACGGGACUUCGCUGCUCGGAGCCCAGCUGCACCCUGCGGCUUCACGACAUCUGCCAGGAAGCCUUCUGGCGAGCACGCAGGACAAAAGAAUGCCCCCACUGCUCCCGGGAAUGGACGGGCUUGAACUAUGUCGGCGAACGAGCCGUCACCAUGACAGAGGCGUACCAAAGGGGCCGCAGACGGAGCGGCGGCAAGAGGAGCACGCUGGCAGACGAUGUCAUACGACAAGAGGGCAUGGAGGAGGACCGGAGUGACGGCGAGCGAGACGAGGGUGGCGAGUGA